UAGAAGAAGAAGAAGAAGUAAAACGAAGCAGAAACCGGAAGUGUGAGAACGAUGCUCCCUUGACAACAACCCGAAGGACAUCGAACCUGUGGGGAAACAGUCACAUAACAACAGGUCGACAUUCGUCAUGCGGGUCACUUCAGGACCGUGAAAAAUCAGACGUGAGCAACAAAUCACAAUUGAGCGCUGAAGUGUUGAUUGGUAAGUUUUGGAGGUAUUAUUCUGCAUUCAUGUCAUAUUUUGUGUGACUUGAUGUUAGUCAAUAAGGCUAUCCUUGAGGCUGGUUUAUUAUAAUUCUGCGUAAAGCAUUUAUUGAGCGUUGAGCAUUUAUACCUGUGUGCUGUUGUGUCUGCAUGGUGGGGUUUCUCUGCCACUGUGUUGAGUUGUGACUGAAAUUGAAAUUCUUCCUUGUUUCUCUUCUGCAAUUUGUAUUUUUUUUUUUUUUUCUCAUUUCGCCCUCCACUGCCUGGUGGCAACGUACUGACGAGGGAAUACAACGGGACACACCGAGGCUACACCGUACCUACGGUAUCGAUUUUGACACAGAGCUAUAAAUCUCUAGUCUUUAGUCCUGGGCUGAGAAUACGCAGCUUGGAAAGCCUUUACAGAGGUGCAGAGGUGUGUGUGUGUGUGUGUGUGUGUGUGUGUGUGUGUGUGUGUGUGCGUGUGUGUGAAUAAUCCUAGAAUUGAAAAAAAACUACGCAUUGAACGAAUACGAAGAAUAGAAUAUUUGUUUCCAGCCCUAGUUGUCAGUCAGUAGUGCAAUAAUACAGAUCAAGACAUAUCCCGGUUAUUUUCAGCGUUGUUUUUGCAAUGUGGUUUGAUUUGUCACCGAAAACAUUGUCUCUGUUCGGCAUUCUGAAUGAAAAAGACGGGUUUCUUUGUGGAAGAAGAAAGUGGAAGGGAGGGAAUAGAAGUCCCUGGAAAGUUUAAGGAUGCAAUAGCCCGUGUGGAUUCAUUUUUAAAUAAAACUGCCAACACUUUACAUGAUUCUUGGAUUGUCUUUGUUUUUGUUUUUUUAAAACAACCGUUUUAAUUUAAAGACUAUUGUUCACUACCAGCGAUCAGCACCGUGUUGUCAGCAUCGUCUUCCAGUAUGAUCUAAUGUGACGUUCUUAAGUGGAAUUUCCAAUUGUCAGAUGUUAAUUUUUGCAAUGUGCUUCGUCUGCUGGUGCCAGUCUCAACUGUUUCCAGCAGACAUGAUCAUGGUGUGAAGACGUUGUUUUCUCUCUUUAUCUGUGCUUUGUUGCUUUUGCCUUCUCUGUUCUUUCUUGCUAGUGAAAACCAGACCAGAAGACGAAAUAGCCGGAACAAAUGUUUAUCCAACAGCAAACACCAGGGUGGACAGCUCAAGACACGACCGUCCAGAUGAGGGAUUUUAUCCAACCAAGAAGCUGAAGUCGAAUCCCAUUCAAUAACUCUUUCCUUUUUUUUUUUUUUAACUUUUCAGCUUUGCGUUGCCCCUAAAGAGCCCUCUACUUGGAGGGCUCCCAGGGAGCUUACUCCUGAUUGGCCAGCAGGCCGCCCAGCUAGCAUUGACGCAGACACGCUCGCUCUCCCAAGCAACCUCUACAGUCAACUCCCCACACCUGCUCCCUUUAUACCUACAACACCCCCCUCCCCAACUGCUGUGGCCAUCAAUCUCCUUAACUUUACCAAGAUUGCAAACACAAUGUCCAAUCCCCUGUAUAACCCCUAUGCCUCUCGGAACCAAAGUUCUACCCAGGGGCAGUAUGGACUUCCCCUUACACAGGCAGAGAGAGACCCUCGGAGGACAUCUUCUCGUCUUGGACCUGGGUCCAGCUUCACUUCUUCCGGAGCUUCCUCUACAAUUUCUGACAACUCUGGGGGAGUUCACUCAUCGCUGAUGUCUCAGUCAAUGGGCUACAGGCCUGAACAGAGUAGGUCCACAAUGGACGAGGACAUAGAGAGGUCUAUAGAUAUUCAGAUUAGCAGAGCCAGAGAGGAGGUGAGGGUUCUUGGCAAACCGAUUCAUCAGUCCACAGACCAGGGCACUCGCUUUACCAGCACACAAAGGGAUGAUUUUCGCUCCUCAGGCACAGGGAUGGCCUCCUACCCAAUGUCCUCAACCUCUGCCUCUCUAGGACACAGAUAUUCAGACGUUGAAAGUGCCAGUAGCUCCUUGGACUGGUCAUCAAACUACAAAAGGCCCACUGCUGAUGACUCUAAAUAUUAUUCAUCUGCUACGUCUAACUACGCACGCGGUGGUGACAGCAGGUUUAAUGCUCCCAGAGAAAAAGAACAUGAUAUGCAGUCUAUUCCGGGUUUAGGUGAUUAUGACUAUCCAGUGCCAGACAAACCUGCAGCCCCCACAGAGUCCAGUCGACCCAAAUACACCUCUGAAUCAGCUGCUAACAUCCUUCUGCACUUCGGACUUGAAAAAGAGGACUUGGAACAUCUCAUCUCCUUCCCUGAAGACCAAAUCACUCCUGCGAACCUGCCGUUCAUCUUGCGCCAGAUCCGCGUUCAGAAGGCCAAGAGUACUACAACAGCAGUUCAGCCAAAACCCUACACCGAACCUCAACCUACCAGAAGCAUGAGUGAAAUGGACCGCAGUUCUGGGGGGGCAGGAAUGCACCAGGAAGAAGUGUCAGCGGCUUAUCUCCAACCGAGUAAAGUGAUUGACUAUGGACAUACUGGUAAAUAUACUGGAGGGGUUGGGGAUGAGAUUGGAAGGACCAGUGGCGGUACAGCUAACAGUGGUGGAAGUAUGUUGCCAAUGGACACUUACGAUAGUAGCAGACACAAUCGAGACCCACUGCCAAAAACUACAACAGAGGCUAAAAGCAGAACCUUGGGUUCUUCACAUGAGCAGGCGACUUCUGUUCCCAGUCUCAGGUCUUCGUACAGUUCAGUACUGAAGUCUGUGGCUCCCCCAAGCAAUGACCAGACCAAACUAUUGCCGACCCAACCGAACCAGGACUUGCAAACUAUCCUCAGCUAUUUAUCUCUGCCAAACAAAGACACAGACAGCAGAGUUUUCAAGUCUGAAGCCUCCAAACCUGUUCCUUCAAAAGAACCAGAGACAGAUCACCAGUCAGCAUUGAAGACCAAACCAACCAGCACUGUGUUGCAUGGUGUGCACCCCAGCCGGCCUGGCCUUGUGCUCAUUGGCAGUAAUGACACCAGGGGCUCUAAGGAUCAGAGUAAAACUCGAGUUCAAGGGUCAACAGUUGCUGAGCAGAUGAAAAAGCAGCAGACCCAGCAGCAGAUGCAGAAGAAGCCAAUGCAGCAACAAUCGAAACAGCAGACACCGAAGCAGCCGGUAUCACAGAUGGGGCGACCGGCGUGGCCAGUUUUUUCUGCCGCACAGACAGUUCCCGCUGCUCCUCUGAUCCCCGGCAUCAAUGAUUCCUCGCAGGCCCUGAGACAUCCGGCUUUUAUCCCUGGAGAUCCUCGUUCCAUCGUUCAUCCUCCAGCUCUGCACCAGGCAAUCCCGAGCCUGAUAAGCUUCAAGAACAUGAUGCUGUCGACUACCAACAGGCAGCCUCCUGCAAAGUUGGAACCCGUCAAUCGUCUGCCAACUCCGGCCAUGAUGCAUGACUAUGCAGCAGCCUCACCGAGAAUCUUUCCACAUACCUGUUCCCUAUGUAACCAACCAUGUACUCAUAUGAAGGAUUGGAUCUCCCACCAGAACACCAGCCUUCACCUUGAGAACUGCAAAGUUCUGCGAAAACAAUACCCAGAGUGGGAUGGUGAGAUAGCACCCGGGCCCAGGGCUGCAGACAAAGAUGCCAAGCCUGCUGCAACCUCUGCACAGACUUCUCAGCAUCGUCACCAGGCAACCACUCAUGGAAGUCGCUCCCGUUCCCGCUCGUCCAGCCCCCGUCGCCACCGGGGUUCGGGGGGUAGAAGGGAGCACAGAAAACGAUCACAGUCACCUCACACUUCCAGAUAUACUCGGAGGCCCCGAUCUCAGUCUCGCUCCCCAUGGUAUGACCGCCCGACAUCCUACCGCUAUCGGAGUCCUGAGAGACAACUCUCGCCGAGGAAGAGAGACGAGAAGUGGUCCUCACCAAGGAGGAGUGACGAGAGACGGUCAUCUCCGAGACGGAGUCGUGAGAGACAGUCGCCAGCGAGGAGGAGUGAUGAGAGACUAUCAUCUCCGAGCAGGGAGAGGCGAUCGUCCACAGAAGAGUCAUCCCGUCAACAAAAGAAGUCGAGCAAUGCAGAGAGACUGGCCAAGAAGCUCCUGGAAACAACAGCUGUCCAGUCUCUGUCAAAACAGUCAGAUCUGGAAGCGGUGGUUAAAACUCUUGCUCCUGCCUUACUGGCCGAGCUAAGCAAGAUGAAGUCCCCUUCAUCAUCAUCAUCAUCACCCUCCUCCUCCGCUUCUAAAGGAGGAAAACCCUACUCAUCUCCUCCUUUUGCAGAAGGAAAGAAAUUGUCUUCUGCUGCCUCUUUCUUAUCAUUCUCCUCUACUUUAAAGAAGGAGUUAACAACAAAGCCCUCAAAAGCAAAGCCUAUUCUGGAGAAGAGUGAGGCAAGUUCUUCCACAAAGAUUAAGUCUGGUAAAACUUCUCCUCCAACCAUGGUGAAACUACAAGGGAUUCAUAGUUAUGUCUCUCACAAUGAUAUUGUCGCUGCUGUGGAGCAAUUUGGAAAAACCAAGUCAGUUGUUCUGUUUCGGGCCAGACUAGAGGCUAUCGUGUGUUUUGAGAAGGAGGAAGACGCCAAGAAAUUGAAGAGCCAUAAAAACCUCGAUGUGAAUGGAACGAAAAUUGCUGUUGUCAGAGAAGAGGAGACUGACUCUAAGCCGGAGACUGACUCUAAGCCGGAGACUGACUCUAAGGAGCAAGAGACACCUCCUCAGAAAAAACCUGAGAGUGUCUCCACUGUCUCCACACCUGAAACCACUCAAUCCACAACCACCACCACCAUUACAGAGGAACUUCUCCCUACACCGAACAUGCCUCCGCUUGAAGAGCCUCUACCCUCUGGAGACAUAAAAGCUUCAACAAUCAAACUUGCCAAUCAGAAAAUUGCAGCUAAAGGCUCCAUUAAAGGCCUGUCAGCUGUCACUAAAGCGAAGGUCUUGGUUUCUAAAGCGAAAAAUGUCUCAACCACGCAGAUAGCCAAAAUGGUAAAAGCAGGAAAGUUGUCUCCAAAGGGACCUGUGAAAAAGCCCACAGAAAAGCAAACAUUGUCCUCAGAAUCCAACCCCAUGGCUUCUGAAAAUCAGCCUGACACUGGUGACUCUAUACCUAAUAAAUCUGAAACCAGUGUUAAAGAGCCUGCUGGAGAGCAGAAAGAGACAGCUGAGUUUGAUAAAUCAGCAAACAUGACUGUUACUGAACCAACAAAAGGCAAUGAGUUUGUCACUGAAGCGAAGCUCUUGGCUUCCAAAGCAGAAACAGCCUCAACUACACACAAACCCCAAACUCCAGCAGACAAGUUGGCUGCAGCAGGAGCUGUGGCAAAAGAAAAGGUUGAAGAAACUGCUGCAAAGGCUGUUAGUGUGCCUUCCAAAUCUACUGAUGUAGAAAAUCCUAAGCCUAAAGAAUCUGAAACAAAGGUUCAAGAUCCUGUGGUGCUGCCAAAAGACACAGAUGAGAUUGUUGAGACUGCAAAUGUGACCCCUUUUGAACCCGAGCAUCAAGCAAAACUUCACAAACCCAAUGACACUGAAGACACUGAACCAAUGCAGCUUGGGGAAACAGUAGUUGAAGUGGCAGAGCCCAGAGAAGUUGGAGGUUGUGCUGACAGCAAAGGGGUACAAACCACAACUAUAAAGGCUGUGCAAGAAGUUUCACCAGGAAAACCCAGUGAUAGCCAACCACCAACCAGUACAGUUGAGACCAAACCAACAGAAACCAUUGCCAAAGCUUUACUGCACGACCAGCAAAGAAUCCUGUCAGGACCAGAGUUUGCUGCACAAAGGCCAGAGACCACGACAGACGCUUCACAAGUGCAACAGCAGGCUGCCAGAAGCCCAACUGAAGCUGCUAUGGAGCUGCCAGCUGGAGGGGUGGAGACAAAAACAAUGCAAAAAGAUCUUGUGACUGCAUUGAAGACACAAACAGAUGCAGCAUCAGCCAAGGAUGAAUCUGUCACAACUAAACUAACAGCUGCAGCAGUGAGCGAGCAGCAACCGGCAGCAUCCACGUCGUCCUCGACUGCAGUUACCACUCUGACUAUUGGAGAGAUGGCGGAAAAGUACCUUGAUCCAAAGAGAAUAACGUGCCUUAAGCGGAAAACCUGCUUCUCACCAAGAUUUUUUAAACUUGGUAAGAAACAGUUGCUUAUAACCAAACUGCCGAGAUAUUACGAUGGCUGCUACACAGAGGAUGACGUUGCCAAACUGCUCAUGCCGUUUGGAUUUCAACAUGAAGAUGAGAGCCUCUAUGUUGUUCCUCAGGCAUGCAUGGCCUUCGUCCGGGUGCCGACACUGGAGGCUGUCCUGGAAAUACUGAGAUUCUCCAAAAAGCGUACUGGUUUCAAAAGGUCCAUACUCCGUUUUCAUGUAGUGGAUAGCGGCAUUACAAUGACACCGUUUGGAUUUUAUAAAUCAUUGAUGAGGGUGAUGCAGUCUCCUGUGAUUGAUGACGGAUCGAGAACAAUCUUCAUCAAGAACAUCUCACCGAGUGAGACCAGGGACCUCAGAGAAGCAGUGAAAAAAAUCGGUUUUGUCAGGAACUUCCUGCCUCUCCUCAACAAGGUAUUUAUAGAAUUUGAGUCUGUUCGCGAUGCUGAUCGGCUCGGCGUUUGGUACAGUCUCCUGAAACGAGCCUCUGGACAUGAAGUUCAGAGGCUGAACACACCGAGCAGCAGCUCCACAUCACUACCACCGAAACUUCCUGAGAACGCUCUGCCGGAGAGCAAGGAUGCUGUUGCCGGGGCAACUGUCCCACCAGUACAAUUUGGCGUUCCACAUGGCAGCAUUGCUCCUUUUUGGGUCACGAUAAAAACUAGUCCCUUCCUCUUCCCGACCAUGUCUCCUUGGUUCAUCAUCCCAGAUCACCUGACCGUCAGAGGGAAGGACGAGAUUGAGAAGGCCCGAGGUCGCGGUUCUAUGUUCCCCACAAUCAUGAUGACGGGUUUUCCAAAGGGAAACUACACACAGGAGGAAGUGGCCAAGCUGGUCUGGCGGUAUUUCCCCAAACAGAACCUUCACGCCUUGUACUACAACGUGGUUGUCUUAACACUGCAGAGGAGGGCCUUUGUGUAUUUUGCCGACUGGCCUACGUGCUGUGAUUUUGUCCGAGAUCACAUCAUAAAUCCGGUGUCAGUCAAAGGCUGCAUGCUCAGCGUCCACUUUGUCUUGCAAGACUUGAGUCCUGAAUCCAGUGAGGAGAUGAUGUACAAAAAUCUAAUGAAGUGGAGCAACGCUGGAGUUCCUGAGCUAAAGUCACUGGAGGAGCGGUUGCUGUGUGUGGAGAUUUCUGAAACGUCUGUGGACAUCGUCAGGAUGGUCAUGGAAGUGGUGUCGUCCAUCGCGACCUUUGUCGGCUUCCUGCCGCUCGCCAACAGGAUCUGCAUUGAGAUGGCUGACUCCAGCGGUGUAACGCAGGUGGUGGAGAAAUACAAAACCUUCUCACCGGACUCCUUUAAAAAGCGCACAACUUGGAGUAAAGUUCAGCGUUUUGAAACUUUGAAGAGCCUUAAACAGCGUCUAGAUGAUUCCAGAGAGAUCACAAUAAACUUUGAAAGCUACACCAUCAAUGUCGUGCCCAAGCCCCCAGCCGCGAAAGGUCAAACCCAGCCUCCUUCAUCUGAACCUUCGGAUAAUGAGUCACAACCUGCUCUGCAAGCCAGUGGCCUUGGUGGAGCCGCCAAUUCUGAGCCAAUCACAGAAGGAGCAAAUGUUACCACCACAUACGAUGUAGAAAUGGAGGAGGAUGGUGAGAAACCAGCAACUGAGAUCGCCAUGGAUUCCACUAUCAGUCCUGAGGCAAAUGAAGCUGUAGAGAAAGUAGAAGUAAAGAAGGAAGAGGGAUCACAAAUAACUUCAAUUGCUCCUGCUGAUGUGACCUCUGCAGGCGACAGUGGAAACACAGUCCCUGCUGCUUCCAGCUCUACUGCUUCAGCCACAGCGUUCAUGCCUGAAGAAAAGUUUGCAGAACUUCCUGAGAUUAACACCGACAUUGUCAAGGCCCUCACGGCAGCAGUUCGCCAGCACAAAUUUGCACAAAGUAGCAGGUCCCAGAGUCAGGAGAACGAGAGCCUCAGCAAAAAUAACACAAGCUCUGCAACUGCAACGGCUGAAAAUAGACCUCAAAGAACGGAGCCUCAGGAUGAUUUUACAGCUGACACUUUUUCUUCAGAUGCCUAUCUUUUCGAUGAGCAAAAUUUCAACAUGGAGGACUUCGUCACUGUUGAUGAAGUUGGGGAUGAUGUAGAAGACACAACCCCCGAGCCUUGUAGCACCUCCUCAUCCUCCUCCAUAGCAAGAAGAGAAAGGCAAAGCUCAAGUGUGUUGGCUGGUGACAAACAGGCCUCAACAAGGUCUUUGAGAGAUUCUAGGAGCUCAUCCUCAUCGUCCAAGUCAACUAAAGGCUCAAGCACUUCUAAAUCAACCUCUGUGUCACCAAAACGGUCAAAGGACUCAGCUGAGCCCACCAAAUCCCCUACCAAACCCUCUUCCAAUGUCAGGAAGCCCUCCUCUUUUUCUCCAUUCUCUACUGAAACCUCUUCCUCCCCCAGUCAGAAAGUACAACAGAGCAAGAUAAAAUCUCCAUCCAAAGCGUCAAAUAAUGUGUCCUCCGUUCGUAGUACCCGUUCGUCCUCCGUUGCACGUGAAAGGGAAAAGAUUAGAUCAGAAACAUCUGUUGCGGCAUCAGUGGAUACUCACCUGGAGCCACUUAGAAAAGAAGCAAAAGCCACAGGGGGCACAGUGGCAAAGUCUGACCACAAACUGUCAGCAAAGGGCACUGCUGCAAAAACUGUUGAGUCAGAAACAAAAAUAGACCAGCCUCCUCAAGACUGUCACAACGAAUGCACUUUAAAAGACCCUGACUGUGAUGUUACUGAACAAGAAGCAUUUGAAAUAUUGGACUCACUUGAAGACCAGACUGCAACAGAACAUGAAACUGAAACUUCCAGUGACCAGUUAGAUCAGCCAACAAUUACAGAGUCAGAGUCAGACAACAAGGAAAAAAGGACCAAGCAACGGGAAGGGACUGCUAGAAAAGAUGAUAGAUCGAAAAGGAGUGGCUCCACAACCACAACAUCCAAAAGUGAAGAGGAGAAAUCACCAAAGAAACAGGACAGGACGGUUAAAACUGAGGAGAUGGUGUUUGAGAUAGUAGAUUCUGUUGAAGACCAACCGGUUCAAGAUUCCACCACCGCAGAAAAGUCUGGUAGAAGGAGGAGUGCAAGAGGAAAGAAAGACGAUAAAAUGUCAUUGAAUCUGACUGAAGCGUCUGAAAAACUCGUCAGGGAUGAGGAGGAUACAUAUGAGAUUUUAGAUUCUGUGGAAGACGAGACUGCAGAUAAUGAAGCAACCGUCACAACAAGAUCUACCAGAGGAAAAUGGGAAAGAACAAGUAAGAAAGACUCUGUGUCACCACUAAAGUCCACAGAGUUAUCUGAGCCCACCAGAUCCCCUACCAAACCCUCGUCCUCUGCCAGUGACAGUAAGCACUCUUCUUCUUCUCCACUGUCUGACCACAAAGUUACAGUUACACAGGGCAUUGGUGCAAAAACUGUUGCGUCUGAGACAAAAAUGGAAACGUCAGAGAUGCAUCCACCUCAACAAGGACAUGGGUCAGAGUUGAGUCAAGCCCAGAGUCUGGAGAUUGAUGUUAAUAUCAACACACUCGAAGACCAGAAGAAAAGCAAAGAGAAAGGGAAAGAAGAAGAUGAUAAGCACACAGAUGAGGAGGAUGGUGAAAACUAUCAAAUCCUUGAUUCACUCGAUGAUCAAAUGGAUGAACAGAUAAAUGACUUGGACAGCGUCAACGAUAAAGGCAAAGCCCGCCCAGAGGAGUUGGUUGGUUCUUUUGAAGACAGUGUUACCAAAGAACAAGCAGCUACAAGUCAAGAUGACAGUCACCUGGUCCAAGAUGGCGGUUCCACAGUGAAGCAACUAUCUAAGGAAGAUGCAGUUCCAGUAGUCGACAAAACUGAUGAUGCAGUUAAAGAUCAGGAGACAAAUAAAGAUAAUUUCCAAGUGUUGGAUACAGGUAGGAAACAAGCACGGAAACAGGACAGGCCGGUUAAAAAGUAUGAGACAUGGACAAAGACGUACUCCACUACAGGAGUCUGCAAAGAGAUCAAAGAGACAACUGAGGAGAUGGUGUUUGAGAUUGUAGAUUCUGUUGAAGACGAACCGGUUCAAGAGGCUGCCACCACAGAAACAUCUGGUAGAAGAAGGAGUGCAAGAGGAAAAAAAGAGGAUAAAGUUACAUCGAAUCUCCCACAAACAUCUGAGAAAACAAAAAAAGAGGAAACGCCAACAAGAAGGAGGCACACUCCUGCCAGAGAGUCACAGGAACUAAACAAGGAACCAACACCAAAGAAAGAGGAGAAAGCCCCUCCAAAAGAGAGCUCACCAACAAAGAAGAGGGAUGUUGUUAGAGAGCUAAGUGAGGCGGAUGCUCCCUGUGAGAUAAUGGACUCUGUGGAGGACGAGGUUGUAAAGGAUGAUCGGCCCGCUGCAGCAAGAAAAGGUAAGAGGGGAAGACCAAAGAAAGAGGUUAGAACAACUAAAAAGAAAGCAUCAAUAAAGAAAGUUGACAAAGAAAAAUCCAAAAAUGUGGCUGGUGAAGAAGAGGAGAUGUAUCAGAUUCUUGAUUCUGUGGAGGACGAGACGGUUGAUGAUCAGUCCCUCACACGACAAUCUGAGAGUUCAAGAAAAGAGCACAUUUCUAAAAAGGAUGACAUGAAAACCAAGAACAGCGAAUCUCUCGCAGGAUCACCCAAGUUUGAGGAGGAGGAAGAGCCCGUGUAUGAGAUCGUAGAUUCUCUGGAAGACACACCAACACGUGAUCGCACCGUUGUGGAAGUGUCUGAAAAAGUUGUCGUCAACAAAUCAACAACCAAGUCCCAAAGUGAUACUGAGACACCGGAAAAGGAGAAGAAACAAAAAUCUCCCAAGAAAAACGACGCAACAAGCCCUCUGGUGAACCUGGACGAAGUGAGCGAGGAGGAGGAGGAUUACCCUGAUGACACGGCAGAGGAGGAAGAACUGAGGAAGAGACAAGCCGCCACAAAAGAGAGGCAGUUAGCCAAGGAGCGAGAAGCAAAGAGGACAAGGGAAAAGGAGGAGAGGAGGACCAGGGAGCAAAGGAGUCGGAGCAGCAGCAGCAGCAGAGGAGGAUGUGACAAGGGAAGGACGAGGAGGGGAAAUGAGGAGGUGGAGGUAGACACCAAGGAGCUGGUGACUCUGGAUGAGGUCGGAGCAGAUGAGGCCGGAGAGGAAAGAGCGUGGGAGAUCACGGAGGGAGAGCUGCAGACACUCGUCACUCUGGAUGAGUUCGUAGAAGAAGAGGAGGACGGAAAGGCUGAGCAAAGCAUGCCGGAGACCCGCCCACUCCACCAGGAGGACGAAUCAGAGGACUCCUUGAACCCAGAGACUUUGGUGACUUUAGAUGAAGCUGGCAAUGAUGAGGAAGAGCAGCCGCACGAAGAACAAGCUGAGAAAACAUCAAGAUCUGCUAAACGCAAACACGAUGACGACACAGAGGAAACUAUGAACUUUGUGACGGUUGAUGAAGUGGGAGAGGUGGAAGAGGAGGAGGCAAAAGAAAUAACAACCAGGACAAGAGGCCGAGCCAAGAAGAGAACCACACAAACCUCCGUGAGAAGAUCAACCAGAGGGAAAAAAGUAAGCACAAAAGAAGAGAGAGAAGAAACUGACGUACUGCCUCCCACUUCACUCGAUGCCUCCUCGUCAUUGGACAAAGAUCCGUCUACGUUGUCGAGCUGCGACCAGCCGAAGGUCCAGAAGACUGAGACUGAGGAGGAAGCAGCGAGCCAAGCCCACACAGAUGCUGCCUCUGCUGGGCAGGAGCUGCAGCCAGAGCGCCCUGAGAACCAAACACUGGAGGGAGGCGUGGAGGAAGGAGAGGAGGAGAAGGAAGGAUGGAGCAGGGCGGACAUUAAAGUUGUGAGUAAACAGAGGAGGGAACUUGUCGGACCCGAGGCAAAGAGAUCUCGUUCUCAGUCUCCUUCUGUCGCUGCUGAUCUCAAACUGCCGGCAUUCAAACCCAACAACCCCCUCGGUCGGGAGUUUGUGGUCCCCGGGUUCUUCUGCAACCUCUGCUCUGUUUUCUACCUGAACGAGACCACCGCCAAGGACCUCCACUGCAGCAGCCAGAGACACUACGACAACCUGCAGAAACAUUAUCAGAAGCUCGAACAGAAACCGUCGACAGGUUCAGCACAAAGCUAUCAAGGCUCCGUCUCUGAUUGAUCCCGACUUUAUUCACUGAUUCUCAUUUAUUUUUGUGAAAAAUUUAAAUCAGAUUAAGCUGGACAAGCUUUUCUCACCGCUGCAGAAACUUUAUGUGACAAAUCAGUGUGUAAAAUAAACCACGUUGGUCUUAAUAGCUCAGAAAAUAAUCAAAUUUUUUCAUGUAAAGGAUUUAAAAUUAUAUCAUAACAAUAAUAAAUAUUUAGCAUCAGUCAAAAAAAACAGAAAUGCAAGUGGAUGGAGUUAAUUCACAUUUUCUUUAAGAGUUAAAUUUAGAUUAAACUUGUCUACAGCUCAGAUUUGUAAAGACAUCUGCUCGACCGGUUUACUUCACAGAACAGGAAGAGGGCGCUGUUACUCCAGUUCUUGUCAGCAUUGUCAGUCAAACUGGAUUUUACUAAAUGAAGAUUUGACUAUUUGUUCCUUUCCUGCGUAUAAAAAUGUUUCCUGUGGUGGAAACUUAUGGUGACGCUGCUUAAAAAAAUAUUCUACUGACAUAAUGUGAGUCAGGUCUUCUCGAGUGAUGAUUUGAACCAUUAACCCCUAAUGGAAGAUGGUUUAAAAAAUAUAAAUUUCAUCGCGUUUAUACUCUUCAGGGAAGGAUGGCAGAACAGGAAGCAACUCUGGUGAUGUAAAAUAAAUCUAUUAACACUAUUUAAUUUUCUGUUUCUCACAGUAGGGAGAUAGAUCUUCACCCUGCUCUCAUUUAGCUCAUACAAAUCUUAUUGUAUCAUCAUUUUCUUGACAUUUUGGAUGGAGCAUGUAUCACCUUUCUGAGGGAUGAACUGUUACUGUGGGAGCUUAAUUAAUUAACUCAAACAAAUUGUAUAAAUGAAGCCUUGCCUCAUUAAUUAAUGACAAUCUAAAUAUAUGAGGGUGUUUUCUGGACAAACACUAUCGAUGUGACAAUGUGAAGACGAUUUGUUAUUGUUUUGAAAAAGGGUCAACAAAGUACGUUGACUGACUUCUGUUGUAAUUUGCUUUGUUCUGUUUCUAUAAAUAAACUAAAACCUGUGCAUUGA